AUGGCUGAAGUUAAUAUCACUUAUGUCACUGAAUUUAUUCUCAAGGGGAUUACAGAUCGGCCAGAACUUCAGGUCCCAUGCUUCCUGGUGUUUCUAGUUAUCUAUUUGGUUACAGUACUAGGCAACUUUGGAUUGAUUGCACUAAUCAGGAUUGAUGCUCGGCUCCACACACCUAUGUAUUAUUUCCUUAGCCACUUGGCCUUUGUUGAUCUUUGCUACUCUUCUACUAUCACACCGAAGAUGAUGGUGAACUUCGUGGUGGAACGUAACACUAUUCCUUUCCUGGCAUGUGCAGCACAGCUGGGCUGUUUCCUCACCUUCAUGAUCACUGAAUGUUUCCUGUUAGCCUCCAUGGCCUAUGACCGUUACGUGGCCAUCUGUAAUCCCCUGCAUUAUUCAACACUGAUGUCAAAACGAGUCUGCAUUUGGCUUGUGGUGGUUCCAUACACAUACAGUUUUCUUGUCGCCUUGUUCCAUACCAUCAUCACCUUCCGUCUGACUUACUGUGGUCCCAAUGUCAUUAAUCAUUUCUAUUGUGAUGAUCUCCCACUCCUGGCUCUGUCCUGCUCUGACACACACCUGAAGGAAAUCCUGAUUUUUGCCUUUGCUGGCUUUGAUAUGAUCUGUUCCUCCUCCAUCGUGCUCACCUCCUACAUCUUUAUCAUCGCUGCCAUCCUCAAGAUCCGCUCUACCCAGGGGCAGCGCAGGGCCAUUUCCACCUGUGGCUCGCAUAUGAUGGCUGUUACUAUUUUUUAUGGCACAUUAAUCUUUAUGUACCUACAGCCCAAAUCCAACCACUCCCUGGACACAGAUAAAAUGGCUUCAGUGUUUUAUACAGUGGUCAUCCCCAUGUUGAAUCCUCUCAUCUACAGUCUAAGGAACAAAGAGGUCAAAGAUGCUUCGAGGAAAGCCCUGGGUAAAGGGUAUGAAACCCUAAAGAUUUUAAAGCGAACAAAGUAA